AUGAAGACAGAAAAUGUGGCAAAAGUGACGCUCAAGAAAUCCGUCGAUCUCAAAGGAGCAGUUAUGGUCAUCGUCGGCUGCCAGGUUGGCUCCGGCAUCUUCGUCUCGCCAAAGGGAGUGCUGGAAUAUACGAAUAGCCCGGGACUCUGUCUGAUUGUUUGGGCUCUUGGAGGACUCCUUGCCGGCUUGGGAUCGAUGGUCUAUGCUGAGCUAGCAUGCGUGAUUCCAAAAUCCGGCGGAGAAUUCGCCUUUAUGUACCACGGCUUACCCCGAGGAAAAUUUCCUGCAUAUCUUUUCGCUUUUACCGGCGCGACUAUUCUCAAAACUGCGACUCUCGGAAUCAUCGCCAUUACUUUCGGAGACUAUGCGAUGAAAUUCAUGUCGCCCAGUUUCUGCCAAUAUUCAGACAACUACGAGACGGCUCAAAAGCUUUGGGCGAUUCUAGCGAUUUCUACAGCGGCAGCGCUGAAUAUUGUUUCAAUAGAGUGGACGCAGAAAUCUGUCAAGGAAUCGAGUUUGAUCGUUUUUUUGUGGCUCGUUUUGAGCGAUCUUCCAAAAGCGCUGAUGAUUUCUAUCGUAUCCGUGAUUUCUUUCUACGUCUGCGUCAAUAUUUCUUACCUGACGGUGUUGGGCCCGAUCGGAUUGUUGGAAUCUGAGGCCGUUGGUGCUGCUUUUGCGAACAGAAUCUACCCUGGCCUCGAUCGAGCAAUUUCCUUCAUGGUCAUGCUCUCCACCUUCGGCGCCAUCGUCAUCGCCUCCUUCACCGCUGCCCGCGGCCCCUUCGUCGCCGCUCGCGAGGGCAUGUUCCCGAAAAUUCUAGCAAUGAUCAAUGUCGACAAGAAAUCGCCCUCGCCAUCCGUUCUUUUUACCGCCGCAAUCACCAUUUUCCUCAUCGUGAUCGGCAAUUUCACCCUUUUGAGUUUGAGUUGA